GGCUUGCCUGCAGCCGCCGGCCUCGACAUCGACGUCUCUGGGCGAACAGUACGCCGUGCAGUUCAGUCGAUGGACUUCCGGAUGUGUAUCGCAUGUUCCAAGCGAUAUACUUCGCCGAGAUUGAAGGAGACGCGAGUGGAGUACCGCCGAGUUAUGCUGGAAAAAUACCCCGAUGCAAAAGACUGGAGGCACAUCAAAUUCUCCGACGCAUGCCACUUUGGCUGGGGUCCUCAGGGUCGAGUCCACGUCAUACGACGAGCGUGGGAGCGUCAUUGCCCAGACUGCAUGCCGGCCGAGAAGGAUCAGAAGCGAUUACAUUGCUGGGCGGCAGUUGGAUACGACUUCAAGUCACAGCUUGUGUGGUAUGAUAUACCUGGCAACUCCAACGGCAAGAUGACCAUGCAGGUCUAUAGAGACCACAUCCUCGAGCCUGUGGUUGGUGGUUGGCUUCGCGAAGGCCAGUCGUUUGUUCUCGAGGAGGAUAAUGACUCUAGCCACGGUACAAGCAAGAGCAAUAUCGUACGCGCUUGGAAGGAACAGAGCAGCUUGGAGUCUUUCUUCAACUGCGCUCAGUCCCCUGAUUUUUCUCCCAUUGAAAAGGCAUGGCAGGGGCCGAAGCAGUAUGUAAAGAAGAGGCCAUGCUUGGGACGAUGAAAUCGUGAAGGAGCUAGCCGAAGAAGGCUGGGCGUGAAGAAACAUC